GAGCUUACCCUAGCCCAAGAAUUCACUAUAUAUAUCAUUCAAGCUGGCCCCUAACUCAGCAAUCCUGCUUCAGCCUCCCAAGUGCUGGGAUUGCAGGGAAGAUGAGCUUGCUGGGCAAGAAUACACAUGACUGGACAGUGCUGUGAGGAGCUGCAGAGAGCCCCGAAGCCCAGGAUGGUAGGCAGAGUACAGCACUAGACACAUGAAGAUAGACACGAUGCACCCCACCCCAUGCCACCCGACCCUCAUCAUCCUGGCUGCAUAGAAUAGAAGCUCUGUGGCAAGGACCAGCGCUGGUCCCAUGCCAGGGCAACAUUAGGAAAAUCAAGCAACUGAGCUGGGCCUUUCAUCCUAGAACGUAGAGGCAGAGACAGGCAGGCGGAUCUCUUGUGAUUCCAGGACAGCCUGUUUUGACGUGGCAAGCUCUGGGCCAGUAGCUACAUAGGGAGGACCACCCCCCACCCCCCAAAACAAAAUGAAACAAAACAAAACAACCCUGCCAAACCGUUAAGCAAUGAGCAAAGUUUCUCUUGAGCCUCAAUUUUUGUUGUUUUGUUGAGGCCGGGUCUCACUGUUGCUCUGUCUGGCCUAAAAUUGUUAUGUAGAAGACCAGGCUGGCCUGGCAUUCAUAGAAAUCCCCCUGCCUCUGAAUCCUAAGUGCUGGAAUUGAAGACGAGAGCCAUGUUGGCCUAUAUCUUGAGCCUCUGAGUCCUCUGAAUUUUGUGCCAGAAACAUUUUUUUUCCAUUAAUUUAUUAUUCACUUUCUAUCCCAAGCCCAGGUACUCCUCCCUCACACAGCCCCUCCUCCUUGAACUCUGAGAAAGGGGAGGUCUUCUGUGGGUACCACCUCAUCCUGUCAUAUCAAGCCACUGCAGGACUAGGCCAGUCCUCUCCCACUGAGGCCAGACAAGGCAGCUCAGUUAGGGGAAGAGGAUUCACGGGCAGGCAGUGGAUUCAGGGACGGACCUCUGAUCCAGUUGUUGGCGGACACUGGUAGUGUUUUUAGACAUCCUUCAGACGUCUACACAGAACAGAAGAAAGCAUUCUGGUCAUUGCGUCUGUCUGGGAGGCUUUUGUGUGUAAUAUCUGUAACCCAGAGGAGAGGCGUCCGUCCGCAGCUAGACUCUGCUGUAAAGACUGUUUCUGGGUUCUGAGUAAAUUGAUUUUUUGAAGCUGCAGGAAAACAGAACUGAUUUCAUCUGUAAGUGCUCCUUCCUCUGGGAGCCUAGAGAAGGGCAAAGCAUAUGUCUUGCCCAGUUCUAACACAGGCUCACAGUUGGAUUUUGUUGAUGUUAUUUCCCCCCCUCCCCCAUUUUAGGCACUGAGAACCAAGAAAGGAUUGAAAGGGUCCAUUGAGGAUGUCCUUGGAGACCUCCUGGGAGAUGACACGUGAUGCCUGUGCUGGUCUUGAGCUCACGGUGGCCCAGAGAGCCUCUGAGCCUCUGUUCCUUCCAGAGCAGCCGUGAGCACAGGCCUGUGCCACCAUGCCUAGCUCUUCCCGUCUUGGCCACGCCCUACCUGAGUGGCUGUGAUUCUGCUGCUGAGUGUCUUCCCAUGUGACACUUGUGACGCUUUUUGUCGUCUUUGGAGACGCGUCUGUUCAGAGGCUUUGCUGCAACACCACCUGAGAAGCCUGCUGAGCCAGCUUCCCAUGCCAAAGACACAGCGAGCUCACCUCAGUGGCAGGCUUCAAAGGCAAAGUUCCUCCCAAAAGACAGCGUUGAAGGACUGGCAGGAGCUGAUGCUGAGGCCUCCAGCGUCUCGGAUGCAGACCCACAGGUCUUCCUGCAGAACAUGAAGGACUUGGACAGCAUGGACGAUGAUCUCUUUGGUCGGAUGAAGUCUCACCAGCCCUCCGGCAAAGGAGCUGCAAAGGGUCCUGGGAAAGAAGGACCUAGCAAUCACAAGCCUGCUGGCACAUUAACAGCUAAUGAGAAAGGGUACACCAUGCCCACUAAGAAGCCACCACCAUCUUCCAGCAAGACUGGGCUUCAGUAUAAGAAGUUCUCCUUUGAAGACUUUGAAGACCCACUGGCAGGACUUCUCUCUGAUGAGGAAGAAGAAACCGCCACGAAGCUGCCUGCAGUGGAGAGGAAACCUGCUCCCAAGAGCCCGGGCGCAGCAGCAGGCCAAGGUCCUUCUGUUCCUCUGACCCCUGGGGAUACGCCCAUCAGGAAGAAAGAACUGCUCUUUGAUGAAGGGGAUGACAUCAUGACUACUCUGGGCUUUGAAGACAGCCCCAAGGCAGAGAGGAAGAAGACAGGAGACCAGGAAGGGCCACUCCCUGCUCGCUCCAAGCUGGAUGAACUGCUGGGUCGGGGUACAGCAGCCAAGCUCCUCACUCGCCCAGGCACUGGGGAACGCAGAGAGUUCCAGUUAGACAAGAAGUAUCAGAAGAUGGGAGGGGAGGAGUCUGUACCAGCUAGAGACAAGGAAGACAGCUGGGAUGACGAGACCCUCACCUUUGGGGCUUACAAGCCUACCGUGGCCUCCUCUGAGGGCCGCCAGUCCCGCAGGCAGUCAGUCAGCAGGUUCUUGGGAGAAGGAGGCCCAGACCCUAAGGGAGAAAGCCUAGGCUUCAAACAGAGCUCUCCACCAGCCUCCAGUCCUAUCCACCCCAGGAAAGGAGGAGCUGACUGGUUAGGCCUUAAGGACAAUGACCUGGACCUGCUGUCUCCCUCUCCUGUUCAAAAGGCCCAACAGGAAGACUCACCCAUGACACCCUCUCUCCUGCCUCCUACAAACCAGCCCUCAGCCCCAGAGCCACAGUCUGCCCCAACUGGACUUCCCUCAGCAGCAAAGCCACCAGCCAAGGGUGCAAGACCCUCUCUCAAAGCCAGCCAGGCCUCCUCACCAAAAGCAUCUGAGGAGAAAGAAGAUGACUGGUUAAGCCAUGUCAUAUCUCAGAAGAAAUCCCAAAAUCUAGCCAGAGAAGAGCGUGCGGGGCCCCCUAAGGACCUGGCCUCGCUGGGGUCACUGGGUCAGACCCCUUCUGGCAGCCUGCCUGUUGCUCAGGUCCUUGAGCAGGCCCCUGCUGGAGAAGCCUCGAAACCAACUACACAAGGAAUGGCGGCUGUCAGGCCUGGUGUCACAGGGUCCUCCAUGAGUUGGAGCCAAGCCACUACUGUUCUCCCUGUAGAUGACCCCAAGAAAGGAGCAGCCUCUGCCUCUGGGGACUUCUCUAGCAGAGAGCCUGCGGUUUACAUUCCACACUCCCAGGAACCUACGGGGCUCUCUGUGCCUAUCCAGACCCUCCUCCCAGAGUCCAUGAUGCAGAGUCUGCUGCCAGGCUCAGGAUACCAGAAGCAGCUCCUGGCCGCCCAGGGGCAGCUGCAGAGUAGCACUGCCCAGCUUCAGGUUGAGCUGCUGCAGAGCCAGACCAAGCUGUCAGAGCUGGAGGCCCAGGUGCGCAAGUUGGAGCUGGAGCGGGCCCAGCACAGGAUGCUGCUGGAGAGUUUGCAGCAGCGACACCAGGCAGACCUGGAGCUCAUCGAGGAUGCACAUAGAAGCCGUAUCAAGGUGCUAGAAACAUCCUACCAGCAGCGGGAGGAGCAGCUGCGCAGAGAGAAGGAGGUGCUAUCAGCUCAGCAUGCGUCAUAUUGCCGAGAAGCUGAGCAGGCCAGGGCUGAGCUCGUAGCCCAGCACCAGCGGCAGAUGGCCAUGGCUGAACAGGAGAGGGACCAGGAGGUUGCCCGGCUCCGGGAGCUUCAGCAGGCAUCCAUCCUGGAGAUGCGCAAGGAUCAUGAGCACCAGCUGCAGCGGCUGAAGAUGCUGAAGGACCAGGAGAUUGAUGCUGUCACCAGCGCUACCUCCCAUACUCGGUCCCUGAAUGGCAUCAUCGAGCAGAUGGAGAAGUUUUCCAGCAGCUUGAACACGCUGUCCUCCCGCGUGGAGGCCUCGCACCUUACCACCUCACAGCAACGAGAGCUGGGGAUUCGGCAGCAAGAUGAGCAAUUGCGAGCUCUGCAGGAGCGGCUGGGCCGACAGCAGCGAGACAUGGAGGAAGAGCGGAACAGGCUACAGGAGGUCAUCGGGAAGAUGGAAGUACGCCUGAGUGAGCAGAGCCGGCUCCUGGAACAGGAACGUUGGCGGGUGGCCGCCGAGAAGACUAAGGCAGAGUCAGCCCAGCGCACUCUGGAGGAGCAAAGGAAGAUCAUGGUCCAGCAGAUUGCCAUGGAGAGGGAGGAGCUGGAGAGAGCCAAGAGCGCCUUGCUGGAGGAGCAGAAGUCAGUCAUGAAUAAGUGUGGGGAGGAGCGGCGGCGCCUGGCAGCAGAGUGGGCUGAGUAUUUCACACAGCAGAAGCUGAGUAAGGAACGGGCGGAGCGUGAGGCUGAGAGGGCGAUGCAUGCAGACUCCCAGCGGGAGGGCACCAUCAUCAGCCUGACCAAGGAGCAGGCGGAGCUGACAGUUAGGGCCUGUGAGCUCCGGGCCAAGGAGGAGAAGCUGCUUGCUGAGAGGGAGGCUUUGGAGAGAGAGCGCCAAGAGCUCCGGCUGGAGAAGGACAGGUUACACAAAGCCAGCCUGCGCCUGCAGGCCCGUGCACAGGAGGUGGAACACAUGAGUAAGGUAGCCUCCAAGAAAUACGAGGAGGGGGAGCAGGCCUUGCAGGAGGCGCAGCAGAUGCAGAAUGAGCAGCAGGGCCGGCUGCAGGUGGUCCAGCGGCAGCAGGAGUGGCUGCGGCAGCAGGAGCAACGUGUGCACCAGGAGCACCUGAGCCUGGCACAGCAGAGGCUGCAGCUGGACCGCGUGCGGCAGGAAGUGCCUGCUAGCCUUCCGGGGCUGCCCCCCAGGGUUCAGGGCCCGGCAGCCUCCAGCCGGGAUGCUGUCCAGGCCCCCGCUUCCAGCAGUCCUCAGUGUAGCCAGCCAGCUGCUGCCCAGGUGCCCACACACCUUCUUGCCAAGCUGCUGCUGCUAAAGCAUACAGCAGAAGAGGACCACGACUUCUUGGAGAAUGAACAGUUCUUCCUGGAGACUCUGAAGAAAGCACCCUAUAAUAUGGCGUACCAUUCUGCCUGAAAAUGCCCCGUGCUUCCUCAGCGGGCAUCUGGCCUGGAGUGCUCGCCCACUGCUGACCAGCUCCAAUCUGUGAGAAAGGCUCCCAGCAAAGUACUGCACUGCUUGCCCAGAGCCUGAUUACAACUUCUUGUAUGGACAGGGUAUCUGUGUGUUCUUCCCAGGCGCUCUGACCUGCAGCUUAGAGGCAGCAGGUGCCUCCCCAGGGAGCAGUGACAGUAAGACCAUCUUAGCACCCAUCAUAGUAAGACCCCCGCUCAUCACUGCCUUCCACGGCAGUCACUGGGGUCUUUAUGCCUGGGCUACUUUAGAGGCAGGAACCUAUUUCAGGACAGUAGGGUCAUACACCAUGAACAGCCUUUGCUUUCAAUGAGAGGUCCUUCAAAUGGGAAUAGGGAGAAGAGCCUUCUAGCUGAGAGUGGGAGGCCUGGCCAGGGACAAGGAUGGCACUGCUGAGGCACACCAUGCCCAGAUGGAUUGAUUCUGGGGCUUGAAUAUGUCCGGGCUUCACCCAGCCCUUCAUCUCACCCUCGGGUAGCUCACACACAGCUCCAUUACUCCCCAGUGACUCAGCAUUACUCCCCAGUGACUCAGCAUUACUCCCCAGUGACCAGCAUUACUCCCCAGUGACCAGCUAACUCAGCAGCAGCACUGGUUUCUCCCGCCCCCUCCAGGUUCCCUCCAGAGGUGGGGUGGGGAGCUGUAGGAGUAGAGGGGUGUGUGGAGAAGCAGAGGAGGAAGGGAGAUUGUGAGAGCUAGAGACUGCCUGAAGACUAGGAAGGAGCCCUGGGGCCAGGCUGCUGCUCCUCCCGUAUGAAAAGUGCCAAGACCCUCUAGUAGGGUAUCAGGAGACGGCCUCGGAAGGGAAAUGAUCCAGCAGACCCAGCACACAGAGAAUCUGCUGUUCCUACACAGCAGCUUCCAUUCAGGAGCACUUCCUCCCUUCCCAGCUGAGAGGGUGUGUCCACAGAAGCAGGGGGGAAGAGGAGGGGCACACCAGAGGGUCAGAGGGUAGGGCACCGCUGCUCUGCCCCUCAGAACCUCUCCUGGAGACACCUGAAACCUUGCUAUCCGACCCAUUAAACUGUUGUAUUGUUUCGA